AGGGAGCGCUUGGCUAACAGCGUCGUUUCCGUUGCCGGCUGUUUGCAGUUGGGGAAACCGAGGCAGCUCCAGCUUCCCCUAGUUCUUCCGCUGCUGUGAGGAAAAAAUGUUUGUUACUUUGUGGGAGUUCUUCUAUGGGCACUUUUUUCGAUUUUGGAUGAAAUGGCUCUUACGACAGAUGACUGGAAAGUGUGAAUUGCAGCGAAUUUUUGAUACCUAUGUGGGUGCCCAAAGGACACACAGAAUAGAAAAUUCCUUGACAUACUCCAAGAAUAAGAUUUUACAGAAAGCAACACGAGUUAUUCAGAGUGAAGUGGACAGAUGUGUAGAAGAUAUAAUGAAGGAAAAGAACAUUAACCCUGAGAAGGAUACCAGUUUUAAAAUCUGCAUGAGGACGUGCUUACUACAGAUAACUGGUUAUAAACAGCUAUAUUUGGAUGUAGAAAGUGUGAGGAAAAAGCCAUAUGAUUCUGAUAAUCUGCAGCAUGAGAAGCUACUCCUGAAGCUUUGGAAUCUUCUAAUGCCCACAAAGAAGUUGACAGCCAGAAUCUCCAAGCAGUGGGCUGACAUUGGUUUCCAGGGUGAUGAUCCUAAGACAGACUUCAGAGGCAUGGGUAUACUCGGAUUAAUCAAUCUUGUGUAUUUCAGUGAAAAUUACACCAGUGAAGCUCAUCAGAUUCUUUCCCGCUCAAAUCAUCCAAAAUUAGGGUAUUCUUAUGCAAUAGUUGGAAUCAAUCUCACAGAGAUGGCUUAUAGCUUGCUGAAGAAUGAAGCUUUGAAGUCUCAUCUCUACAACUGUGUUCCUGGUGUACCAACAAUGGAACAUUUUCACCAGUUUUAUUGUUAUCUUGUCUAUGAAUUUGACAAGUUUUGGUUUCAAGAAGAACCAGAAAGCAUCAUGUAUUUCAACCUGUACAGAGAGAAGUUUCAUGAAAAGAUUAAAGGACUCUUAAUGGAUUGCAAUGUAGCACUUACUUUAAAAAUCUGGAGUCUUCUGAUGUGUAGCAGAAUUUCAAACAAAGAUCAGGUGUUAACCAUGAAGUUCACUCUGUUACCGUAUUAACUAUUCUAUGGAAAGUAAUUCAGUUAGUCUUUAAUUUUUGUGCUGAUAAUACUUGUUUAUGUUUUAAUCUUGCAACAACUGAGAUCUUGAUCUGAUUUAAACCUUUGUCAGGAUGCUUAUUAAAAGAAUGCUUGAAGUAUGGAUGGGAAUACUGUUAAGUAAGUUUUUCCCCUUUUAGAGGGGGAAAAAAUGAAUGGGGUUAAGAAAAUGUCAUUAUAAAGUUUUCUCAUAACAUGUUCUUCAGAUUCAUCUCUGUACAUUACAGAUGUUGUCCUGUUUUUGCUUAAAAUAACCAUAACUAUUUCAGACACUGUGUUGUCAGUUGAUCUAAUGACCACCAGCAGAUUCUCAGAUUUGAUAGUUUGGAAGGCAAGCUCUUCCCAAGUGUAGUGUAGCAUGAGCCUUCUGACCUUCACGUCAUAGUGACAUAUAAGAAAAGGACAAUAUAAUGUUCUUCCUCCCUCCUUCCCCUUACUUUGAAAUGUAUGUUAGAAUGUUAUGUAUUGUAAAAAUCCAUAUUUAGAAUUUCACCUUUUCUACGAUUAGUAAAAUGCCAAAGUAGUGAAUAGGAUAUUAUGGCAUUGAAGUAGCAGGAAAAUUAUGUUAGUUUUAGCAUCAAAAAGUAAAAUCAACAUGGAAAUGAAUUUUUGUAUAUGCCAGGUUGAGGAGAUUACAUCAGUGACAGGAGUAGUGUAAAAAAAUACAAUUUAAUCAUUUGCAGUUUAAAUACAUUCUGAAAGACAAUCUAAAACAGGAGAAAUCAGGAGGUUAUCAGUGAACCUACACCAACCUCUGGCAAUAUAGCUAGAGAUUAAAAUCAGUAUCUUAAACUGGCCAUUACAGUUAAACCAUUUAUACUUUAGAAAACACAUUUUUUUCUUACAAAUGUCCGUUUUGUUUUUUUUUCUAAGAGCAUCUUUAAUUUUUUGUAUGUGUUUACACUUGUAUGUAUGUACAUUCUUAUUAUUCUGGCGUUCAUACAAUUGUGCACGCACUAUUUCUCCCCUUUGAGAACAUUCAGUUAAAUAGAAUUUGAUCAAAGAGCUGCUCAAAGGAUAUAUAGCAUAUGAACAUGCAAAGGGAUGCUUAUUCUGGGAUAGAAAAGGUCACGCAGCUUUGUGGCUUGCAGGGCCAUAACGUUUAUCAUCUUCCUUAAAAUGGUGACUGGGGACCAGCAGCUGAUUUUCUCAGGAUGUGUUCACCCUGCCUCUCUGAACAAGUCUGGGGAGCCUAAACUUCCACUUUCAUACUUAAGAAGCUGUUCACACAAGCAAUUUGUAGAUGAAGAUUAAUGGAAUUGUUAGUACUCUUAGAGAAACCAUGACUUGAAUUUGUGUUUUUUCUGUCUUCACCUUUUGAUGAGAAGCAUUAAAAGUGUAGUGCAGGUAAGACCCAGCGACUACAGUACUAUUAGAGAGCAAUUCUGUGUUUUUGUUGAAGUAUUUAAAAAAAAAUAUUUAAGCAGUAGUGUUCCCUGCAGGAAGAAUUGCCAGUUGGCAACUUAAAUUAAUUUUUUGUCUACUUGGAUAAAGCGGUUGACUUCUUAAGCAAAAGCAAUAGUGUGAAA